ACCGGGUGUUAUUUCCAUACAGUGCCCUCCAAACCCUACCAGCUAUUCUUACAAAAACCAGAAUGAACAACAAAGCAGACGAAGAAAAUAUUCAGACACAGUCUGAGGCUACUGAGAAACUAGCCAGUUCUGAAGAGAAUCCAGAAUCCCAGGUUUCCGUAUCGCCAGCUGUAAAUGGCGACGACAAAGGACAAUGGCUGGUUAAAUUUGAGGAACAUGACCCGGCAAACCCUAAAAACUUUAAAACGGCGUACAAAAUAUUUCUCACUUUCCAGAUGAGUAUGUUGGCUCUCAGUGGGUCAAUGGGGUCUUCAAUUGUUGCUCCGGCCCAAUCUUCGAUUGGGGCUUAUUUCCAUGUCAGCGUAGAAGUUACCACUUUGGCUGUGGCUCUGUUCGUCUUGGGUUGGGCAUUUGGGCCUAUGAUAUGGGGUCCCAUAAGCGAAGUCUACGGCCGGCGUUGGGGCAUGCUUCCGGGCGUAUUCAUUUUUGGAUUGUUUAGCAUCGGCAGUGCGACCAGCAAGAGUGCAGCCAGUUUGUUUGUGACCCGAUUCUUUGGAGGAAUAUUCGCCUCCGCGCCUAUCAGUAAUGUGCCCGCGGCACUUGGCGACUUAUAUGAUCCCCGCUUUCGAGGAACUGCUAUGACCUUCGUAUCACUGUGUAUUGUUGGUGGUCCUACGCUGGGUCCUGUGAUUGGCGCAGCUUUGACUGUCAACUCGCAUCUUGGAUGGAGAUGGACCGAGUAUAUUGAGUCGAUAUUCAUUUUUACCUUGUUCUUCCUGGCGUUGUUUACGCUGCCUGAAAUAUACGCACCAGUGCUCCUCAAACGACGAGCACAACACUUGAGAAAGACCACCGGCAAGGAGCAAUACUGGCAUCCACAUGAAGAAGAAAGAAUCAGUCUGGACAAUGUUCUCACAAAGCAUAUUAGCCGUCCUAUUCGAAUGUUUGUCACAGAACCGAUGCUCACUUUCAUCGCCGUAUAUGCUUCCUUUGUUUAUAGUCUAGUUUAUCUGACUCUUGAAGUGUUCCCGAUCGUUUUUCAUGAGAAACGGAAAUACUCCCUCGUUAUUUCCACAUUGCCUUUCUUUGGGAUUUUGGUCGGCGUGAUGUUUGCACUGAUAAUCAAUUUCGCAAAUCAGCCCAGCUACGCGCGUGCAGUGAAAAAUAAUAACGGGCAAGCAGUUCCAGAGGCACGGUUACCACCGAUGAUUGCUGGGGGAAUUCUCCUUUCUGUGGGACUGUUCUGGUUUGGGUGGACUGCAGACCCAAAGUUUUCAUGGGCGUUGCCUGUAGUUGCAUCAGGUUUUAUCGGAGCAGGAUUCAACAUUGUUUUCCAGCAAUGCCUCAACUUCAUAGUCGAUACCUAUGGCAUGUACAGUGCGAGCGCGGUAUCAGCAAAUACAAUGCUUCGAUCGAUACUCGCGUGCGGUUUACCCAUGGCCUCGAGACCGAUGUUUGAGAAUCUAGGAGUCGGGCCUGCUUCUAGCCUGAUCGGUGGCAUAUCUUGUCUUGCAAUUCCCGUUCCCUUUUUCCUUAUGAAGUAUAGUGCAGCACUACGAGAGAGAUCGAAGUUUGCACCGACUUCAAAGUGAUAGCUAGAGUCAUUCGGUCAUUGAAUUGCCGGGAAAUCUGCCAUGGCUAUUGAUGCAUUUCGGAUGAAUGCUAUCAUAGAACAUCAGAUCAAGGAAGUCUUCACAGUUCCGGCAAUGGCUUUUGCUAAUUGUAGGCGUAUCUAGAAAGCCAUUUACUAUUUUAGAAGCAGAGUCGAUUACAUAGAAUUAGAAGACAGUCCGUAAGGUUGGCUCAAAUUGAACGCUUAUCUCUUCGCAAGUCUAGAAGAGUCCGAGGUUGC